GAUGCUCUCCUGGACCUAAUCAUACGGGUAGACACGUCAUAAAUGAGAUGAGCUUCUUAUAUAAGACUCAGAUGACCUAUAACCACUCUUAAACUCGAUAUUUGAGAUGGCUAACACUGCUGCUGGCAUAGACCCGGCGCUGUCCGGCUCCCAUGCUGGAGCGGAAGAUGAUGAACCAGGUCUUCCACCCGAGGAUUUCCAAUCCUACCUCCGUAACCCGAAGAAACGGGUACGAGCGAAGCGCCAUCACCACGCCGAAGCCGUCAGUGAGGACAAUGCUCGCGUUGCGAAGCUGUCCAGAUCAACGAGGUGGAACCAUUUCUUUUUCCACUGCUGUUUUAAGGAAAACAAAUUGAUCCAGAAUGUAUACGGAUCUGUGACGGCGGACGACGUCGAGUGGCGAGAAGCGCAUGACUUUAUUCAUGCCUGUUACGUUAAACGGCUCAUCGAAGAGGAUACAGUCGCUGCAUCAAUUGCAGUAGAUAAAUUUACCAAAUUUAUCGAGUCGGAGUCGGUUUUUUCGUCCGUUAACUUCUUUAACGUUUUCGGCUACAUGCAUGAAUACCUAGAUUACGACGGGUCUUCCACUUCUGGGAAGUGGUAUUGCAGGAGCGUGUUUGCGAAUCUUGCGGGUGAGGUGCGCCGGUGGAUUGAGGAUGGCAAAGAUGAGAAUGCCAGGCAGCGGCUGCUGCAAUUUUACGACGAGAUGGUUGCUUAUGAAGCAUAUACGCCAUAUAAGCGUAAAGACCUCUUUAAAGAGGCAUUUGUAAGGACCGUGAGGUCUAAGAAGGCGAAGACUCCGAGAGACAUGACAGUCUCUCAUAGCAGGAUGGUCGUUUCGGCGCCUCCUCCCUUCCCCUCCCUCCCCUCCCCUACUAGUAGUUCUGGUGGUGCUCACACCGGUGAGAGUCUCUUCAUUUAGUUUUUUCUCUUUAUUCUCAG